GGUCACAUGACUAGGAUCCCCGGGUUGUACAAUUCUACUUCCAGAGGGAGGUCACAUGACUUGUGAGGUCACUAUAGUUGUGUAAGGAGGUUAGCAUGCUGCGGUGCGGAGCGCUGUGGGUUCUCGGUACCGUGUGUCGGUACGCCAGUAGAGUGCCCGCUCGUGCUGUCAGCACUGAGCCCUGGCCGCGGGGAACGGUGGACAGAUUCGGGGGUGUCAGUGUCCGGCUGCUCCCCACACAGCAGCGAGACGAGGCUUCGUUCAGGAGCUGGCUACGGGAUGCUGUUCAGAGAUGGAAGGAAGAAGGCAGGAUUGCAGUAUGGCUGCACAUUCCAAUCACUUUAAGUGGACUGAUAACCUACGCUGCCUUGGAAGGGUUUCAGUUCCAUCAUGCAGAAAACGACACAUCUACAUUGACUAUUUGGUUAAAAGAAGGUCCAAACCGGCUCCCUGGGUAUGCCACGCACCAAGUGGGUGUUGCAGGCGCUGUUUUAGAUGAGGAUACUGGGAAAGUGCUUGUUGUACAGGACAAAAACAAGACUCUAAAUGCAUGGAAAUUUCCAGGGGGGUUAUCUGAUCCAGGAGAAGAUAUUGGAGUCACAGCAGUUCGAGAAGUUCUUGAAGAGACUGGCAUUAAGUCAGAGUUUAAAUCUCUCCUGAGCAUAAGACAGCAGCAUAAUCACCCAGGGGCCUUUGGAAAGUCGGAUAUGUACAUCAUAUGUCGUUUGAAGCCAUUAUCUUACAGCAUUAACUUCUGCCCUCAUGAGUGUCUGAGGUGUGAAUGGAUGAACCUGAAGGAGCUUGCCUACUCAAGUCAUACUACACCCAUCACCAGUAGAAUUGCUAAGCUUUUACUAUAUGGCUAUAAGGAAGGCUUUCACAAUAUUGACCUAACUGUGAGGACUCUCCCAGCCGUUUACUCAGGUUUAUUCUAUUCUCUGUACCACAAGGAUUUACCAGAUUCUUAUGAAGUAAAACUUGAUCUCAAGUAAGCUUCACAUUGAAACAGUGUAAAAAAAAAUCCACUCUUUUGAACUCUUUCGGAAUGGAAAAUACCUCAGGACAAUACUUGCAUUGCUACGUACGUAUGUAAUUUUACUUGGAAAUAUAUUAAAACAUGAAUAUACAUUAAAAUAUUUUAAAUUCUUAAA